AUGAUUUCUGUUAACUUCAGGUCAACAGGGGCGCUGAGCCUUUCGGGCCAUCCGCAACUUCGAGGUCCCCCUCCACGUGCCCCGAGGCGACCGGGCGGUCCUCAAGUGCGAGUUCGACCUCCAAGGCGAGCGCCUAUACUCUGUCAAGUGGUACAAAGGGGGCAGGGAGUUCUUCCGCUACGUGCCCAACGAGAGGCCGAUGAAGCAGUCCUACAACGUCACGGGAUAGAGGUCGAUCACGAGGCGAGCACGGGACAACAGGUGGUGCUCAAGGACGUGACGCUGGCCACCUCCGGCAGGUACAAGUGCGAGGUCCUGGCCGAGGCCCCCGCCUUCAACACGCUUGUGGAGUACGCCAUCCUGACCGUCGUGGCCAUCCCCAAGGAGAAGCCCAUCGUCCAGGGCGCGCAGGAGAGGUAUCGCCCCGGAGACUACGUGCGGGUCAACUGCACUUCCGCUCCUUCCAAGCCCGCUGCCACGCUCACCUGGUUCAUCAACGAUAAUAUAGUCCCCAGCGAGUACCUGGUCCGCUACCCGCCCAUCAUGCUGCCCGACGGCCUCGAGCAGUCCACCCAGGGGCUCCACUUCAAGGCGACCCACGAGCACUUCCCCCACAACAUCAUGUCUCUGCGCUGCGCCGCCUCCAUCGGCUUCUUCUACAACAAAACGGAGGAAACCAGCCUCGAGACCCACCGCCCCGCGCUCUCCCUCGAGAGUCGUAAACACUUCUACGGCAGCAGGAGCGCCCCCCUGCCCUGCGGUUCCCUGGGCCUGACUCUGGUCCUGCUCGCCUGCGCGUUGGGUGCCCUCAGAUAAGCACCUGGCGAGUCUCAGGGGUGCCUUUGC